AUGUCCAAGAACCCUCGCUUAUCCAAGCCAUUUCUCCCACGGGAGGGCCUCACGCUGGAGGCAAUGUUCUACCCCGUUCAAUCACUGUUCUUGCAACCUCUCCUCACCGGACCGUUGACAUAUCUUCUCCUGGCCAGGCCAGAAUUUGUCAGAAGGGCAAUUCCGUGGGGCGAGCGUUUCGUCUCGAAAAAGAGCACCACGGUGGGUUUCUGCAUUCUGUUCGGCGUCGGCAUCCUGAGCCGGCUCAGUUCGUGGCUCUCGCGAUGGAGCAUGAAUAACUUCGUCCGUGACAAGACCUGGGAUUGGACAAAGGAGAUUGUCGUCGUGACGGGGGGAUCGAGCGGGAUAGGAUUGGAGAUGGUGAACCGGUUCGCGCAGCUGCGCAUCAAGACGAUUAUCCUGGACGUCGUACCACCCAGCGCUGGAGUCUUAGAGACGGCUGGAGUGUUCUUCUAUAAAGUCGAUCUCUCCUCGCCUUCCGCCAUUGCCCUAGCUGCAGCCGAGGUAAAGCUGGAGCAUGGACACCCGUCCGUGCUCAUCAACAAUGCCGGCAUAGGCGUCGCGAAGAAUAUCCUCGACGAAAACGAAACCGAGCGGAGGCGUCUCUUCGACGUCAACGUACUGGCUCACUUCACCCUGGCGCGUGAGUUCCUACCCGCCAUGAUUGAGAACGAUCACGGCCACUUGGUCACCAUCGCAAGCAUGGCGAGCUUCUACACCCAGGCGCAGAACGUGUCGUACGCGUGCUCCAAGGCCGCGGCCAUGGCUUUCCAUGAAGGGAUCGGACAGGAGUUGAGGGUCCGUUAUAAUGCACCGAGAGUUCGAACAACGUGA